AUUUGGCAAGGUGAUAAGUACAAAAAAAUCACAUAUCAUACUUAGAAAGAGAGUGACACUAUUCAGAUCAACAUGAUGGCUAAGUUUGUGGUUCGGGUUCUAAUAAUACUACUUGUAUUAUCCAUCAACGUCCACGGUCGUGGUGGCGGAGGGCAUGGUGGAAUUGGAGGAGGAGGACGUGGUUUUGGUGGAGGAGGGCGCGGUAUUGGAGGAGGACGUGGUAUUGGUCUAGGUCUCGGACGUGGUUUUGGGAGAGGCAUUGGACGUGGUCUUGGCAGAUAUGGAGGCUUCGGAGGAGCACUUAUAGUCUACAGGAGACGUUUACCAUGGCCAUAUUAUUACUACUACUAAUUGGAGCUUACAAAAUAUUUUUUCCUUAAUAUACAAUAAACAAACAUGUUGAUAAACUAAUUUGCACAUGUAUAAACAAUAAUAAUAUAAAAUUUA